CAUUUAACGUAUCCAGUAGGUGGACUCAACGACCAAUUUUAUUUAGACAUUAGAGGGAAAACAUUGGGCUGCUAAGAUAAUGGGCCUAAUGUUAUAAAAAAAUUGUUUGGAGACAAAUUACAACAAUGGGCUGGAAAGAUAAUGAGCAGGAUGAACCGGACACGUUAUCAGGCCCAUAUAAACAUAUCUGAAGAAAUGACCCGGUGGGACUCCUCGAGACCAAAGCGACGACCAUGGCAACCCUUUUCAGAUUCUCACUUCGUCUACUCCCGGUUUCCGCCGCCGUCACAUGUCGCUCAACCCGGUUCCCCGUUUCAAGACCCGACUCUUCAUUCUUGUCAAACCGUAGUAAUAUCUAUCGUUUCUCCUCUUCUCCUUCUUUGAAGACCAAAGCAGGUUGGUUACUAGGUCUUGGGGACAAGAAGAAGAAAGUGGAUUUACCGGAUAUUGUAGCAGCUGGAGAUCCGGUUCUACACGAGAAGGCCCGAGAAGUUGACCCGGAAGAAAUCGGGUCGGAGCGUAUUCAGAAGAUAAUUGAUGAUAUGGUUAAAGUCAUGAGAUUAGCUCCUGGAGUUGGUCUUGCUGCUCCUCAAAUUGGUAUCCCCUUAAGAAUUAUUGUUCUUGAAGAUACAAAAGAGUAUAUCAGUUACGCACCAAAGGAGGAGACUUUUGCUCAAGACAGACGUCCCUUUGAUCUUAUGGUAAUGGUGAAUCCGGAGCUUAAAGCGAGUAGCGACAAGAAAGCGCUCUUCUUUGAAGGAUGUCUGAGUGUUGAUGGAUUCAGAGCUGUAGUGGAGAGAUACCUUGAAGUAGUAGUAACAGGCUACGAUAGUCGAGGGGAACGGAUCGAAGUGAAUGCUUCAGGUUGGCAAGCGAGGAUUCUGCAACAUGAGUGUGAUCAUUUGGAUGGUAAUCUUUAUGUUGAUAAGAUGAUACCACGCACUUUUAGGACAGUUGAGAACUUGGACUUGCCUCUAGCUGAAGGCUGUCCUAAACUCGGACCUCAGUGACAUACAGAUUCUUUGUUAUGUAAUUUGUAAUGUUUACUUCUUAUUGAGUGAGCUUUUAUGUCUUCAAAGGUUGUCUUUUUACGGACAGUAUUAUUAAUAUUAAGACAGAACAUAUCACACAUUAAGACAGCUAUUUAUAGUAUUUUUUUUAAAAUGGAAAUGUGUUGUCUCGCUCGUUAUGGACAAGACACGGCGGCGAAGGCGUGAAAUGCGGCGGUAAUCAAGAAAUGAAAAUGUUCCGACAACAAAAAAAAUAGCUAAUUUACAAUCACACAUAAAAUUCAUAAUAUUGCAAUCUAUAAGCUUAACAGGAGAAAAUUCGAAAAUGAAAUUAAAGAUUGUAUCACAGCACAUACAAAGUGAAACCAAAGACAGUAUACUAUGUAUGAUCUCUUUAGUUUUGUGUCUACCUUGAUCUGCGCUUCGGUGGCCUUUUCCUCGGAUUAUUAUUCUUCUUCCCCGGAGGUUUCUUCCCAAACGCAGUGCAGCAACCGCAUGUAGAGAGUCUAGGAGACGGCGGAUCCACCGCAGGAGAGACUCUUCCGGUUGUUCGGUGAUGACGUGGAGCUCCUCCGCCGUUAGAUCGACUCCUCUCGAGUCCUCCUCCUGUUGUUGUUGGUACACUUGUUUUGAUCGGCCUGAGGUUCUCUUUCUCGUCGCCGGCGAUGGGUUUCUCUUGCUCUGAGCCUUCAGACAUAGGCUUAGGCUGUUCUUCGCGUUGACUUUCGUCUUUCUGGUCCGUGGCUUGUUUGUUGAGCUCGGCGAUUACACGGUCGUCAAAGACUAUGCCGGAAGAUCCUUGACGGCGGAAAGAGAUGGUUGAUCUUUGAAGACCUUCCAUGGAUCUCUAUCUCUCUUCUUGAUUUGAGCUAAAAGAGUAAAAAAAAAGUGAUAAGGUUUAUAUGUGUGAUUAAUCAAUCAUUGUGUUCAGACUGUCUUCC